AAAUGUGUAAAAUGAAUACAUCAAGAUGGGGUUCAUUUAUUUUAUUUGCAAAAUUAAGAUAGAAAGAGACGCUGCGUUUAUAGACUGUAGUGAGCUGUCCAUGGUCCUGAAACGUGUUAGUCCCGUUUGUAUUUAGUUGAACGCAAAACCUGCAAUCCCACUUACAGUAAAAAACUUUCAUCUUUCAUAAAAGUGAUAGGUGAAAUACAACCAAUCAAAAGUUACACAGAUAUAAGUCAACGUGUUUUUUUCUAAGCUCAGCAACACUCUGUUAACAUAGUUGUAAUUAAACUUUCUGAACGUCAGCAAAUAUUUACGUUUUCCUCUUUAUCAAAGAAAUCCAAUUUUUUGGGAUCUUGGUGACAGUCACAUAUUCCUUUUCAACUUCCCUAAAAAAAUAGAUGGAUUGAUAAAAACAAUACUAUAGUGAAAAUGCUCUUAAAACCUUUUUUUGUCAUUUCAGUUUAUUUUACCUUGAUUUCCCCUUCUUCAAAAAAACAAAUGUAUCUUUGCUGUGUCUAAAACAUAAUGUAGUUCGUGAUUGAAUGUAAACAGCAUGAUCCCUAAAGUAUGUGCACGUGCGCGCACAAAGCAGAAUGUCACUUCAGGUUUCUCUAGAAGUAUAGAUUAUAUUAAAGAGUUGAGGGGAAAUAAUCAAAAUACAAUUAAACACGUGUGUGUAGGUGCGUGUGUGUGUGUGCAUGUGUGUGUUUGCAUGCUCUCUCCCUCACCCUGCACGUGCGUGUGUGUGUUUGUGUGUUGGUGCACGUUCGCUGUGCGUGCAGGUAAUAAGCUGCUCCGCCACUGCGCAAUGAUGGAGCUAUCGCAGCGAUGGAGAUGACGCAAACAGACACAGCUCUCCAAAAAAGUGUUUCAAGACGAACAUGGCGGCAACUUAACCGCGGUCCAAGAUGACAAUGGCAACCAGGAGAACGGAUUCGAGGCUUUCCGCUCAGGCACGGGACAGAGAAACCAAUCUGCCUGCAUCGAACGGACUCGUUGCUCUCCUUUAAGUGGAUCUUCAGCCUGAACGGCGGCAGAUGCGCAGCAUCAGCACCUAGGGGCUCGCAACAGCUGGUCUUCCUGCGCCCCUGACGAAAGAACAAGCCCGGGGAGGGACGUACGGGAGAGGGGGCAUGCGGUCAAAUAGGACGCCGUUUCCCCCUGGAGAGCCAUGGAGAACCGGGAUGCGGCAGCGAAACGCUUAAUCCGUGCGGGCACGCUAAUUGGAUCGGAAUAGCACAUAUUGCUGCAGGCGCGCUAGUGGAGCGCCCUGGACCGUCGGAGGCACGGCACCCCACCGUUCCAGAGAACCAACCGGAGUCAAUCUCCCAACAAGUCAAUGAGUAUUGUGGCAGAGCAGCCCCCGCGGUGGAGUCGGGCAGGGCAGCAGUCUCCUAAAAUAUGACCAGGGGUGCUUGGAUGCGUCGGCAGCAUGACGAAGGCUUAAAAUACUGGUUUGCACCCCGAGAGAACGAGAAGCCAUUUACGGAGUCGGAGCGGGCCCAGAGAUGGCGACUGUCACUGGCCUCUCUGCUCUUCAUCACCGUCCUGCUCUCUGAUCACUUGUGGUUCUGCGCCGAGGCGAAGCUGACGCGGACCCGUGACAAGGGGCCGGGCGCCAGCUUCGCGUUCACGGACAUGGGCAAGUACCCGAACCCCCUCCGUAUGCCAACAUCACCUGACCCCCGUCGUCUCACCAGAGAGGAAGAUGUUAUUUUUAUAGGAAAUUCUACCAAACCUCUGUGGCGAAUGGAGACCUGUCACCCGGACAGCGUGUCCAAAGACUGCUUCACUUUCACGGACGCGCAGACCGUGUGCUUGGCCCUCUUUGGUGCAGGGGAAGAGGGGACACAGUCUGCCUACGUGAAUCUGAGCGAUUUGUACCUUUCUUUUUGUAAUUCCUACUCACUUUUGGAUUUGUUUUACGGGUUUACGAGUCCGGACCUAAUGAACUGCACCCUGGAUGCGGCCACGGGGGGAGAUGUGCUGGGAUGCAGGGAGUGCGUCCGGGCCUAUCAGCGUCUCGAUCAGCUGGCGGAGGAGACCUACCGGGAGUUUGAGCUGCUGGUUCAGAAAUACGAGACGGAUGCUUACUCGGUUAGGACGUGCAUGGAUGAGUGCAAGAUGGUUUAUAAGCCCUGGCUGUGUUCUCAGUACUUCCAGACCACCCAAAUGCACUGCAGCAACCGAAUCCCCUGUGGCCAGUACUGCCUGGAGGUGCAGCAGCGGUGCCCCUUCAUCUUGCCUGACAAUGAUGACCUUAUUCAUGGAGGAAGCCCCAGUUUUAUAUGCACAGGGCUGCUGGAGGACCAUCCAUCAGGUGUAGAUCCAGAUGCAAAGUGCUGUGAUGUAAGGUGGGACUUGAAAGCAGACAACCGUUCCAGGGGGACCCUAAAAAGAACUCACCCUCCAUGCCAGCACCGUACCUCCCUCAGCUCAUCGGCAGCCUGCAGACUGUGUAACAGCCGGCUCAAACUCUGCCUGCUGGUCCUUGUCCUCCUACACACUGUUGCCAGCCUCACUGCAUCCCACAAUGCAACAGGACUGGGUCUCCCCGCCAUCUCGCCUCUGGAGGAGAGCCCUGCCAACGAGGAGUGAUGGAGCUGCCAGGAGGAUGCGGGUUUGUUGCGGUGGGGGAUCCCCUCACCAUGGCAACCGUUGUGGAAAAAUACAGCAGCAGUUGUGCGGUUGGCAGGAGCUGUGUGCCUGUGGACGUUCAAAAACACUUUCUGGCAGGAGGAAAUCGUGGAACGCUUUGAGACGAAAGACGCAUGAAUCAAUCAAAACAAAUAAGGAACUAAACAGACAUACAGAGGGAUUCAGUCCCUCAGAUUGGAGAAGAGGACAAUACCACAGCCUUUGUUGAGAGAGAAGGUCAGCUUUCCCGACGGCUGAGUUUUUCUCACUACAUGUUUUUACACUGUGUUCCAAUUAUUGGUUUUUGUUGCACUGGCUGACUAUGGAGUAACACAAUCAUGUUCCCUUUCUUAUGCCCAUCUCGUCUUUGUUUCUGGAGGAAGAACUUGCUCUCUAAAUAGUAGGAUGUGUAAAAAAUUGAACUAACUGCAAGUUUGUAUGCAUGUGUGGGAGUGAAUUCAUUUACUGGGAUUUGCUGUGUGUGUGUGCGUGUGUGUGUGCAUCUGGGUGAGUCUUUGCACGUGUGUAUGUGUCUCUGAGAUAAUGAGCGCAUGUUACUGUCCUAAACGUCUACCUAAGAGGCUGGUGGUUUCGUGGAAACCCCCUCAGAUGUCACUCAGCCCCUCCAGCUCGUUAUCCUCAGUCCAAUUAAAACAUCACCAGGGUUUGAUGGCGCCCCUGAGUUGGUGAGUGUAGUGUGAGUCCACACAACAUCUUGCGUGUCACACAGGUUUCAUUUUCAGUUUCAUUUGACAAUAUUAAACAAUUUUAAACAUGUUAAGGAACAUGUUGACUGUAUAUGAGAACCGGAUCAUGUGACCCCUCCCAGUGGCGUUCCAAACAAGGAAGUUAUGACCCAUAGCCCAUAGUCUUCUGUAGAGAAAUUUCCGUCACUAUAUUUGUCAGAAUAACAAUUCUUGCUCUGCUAUUUCUUUACAUAUAUUUGUAUAGUUAUUCAAGUUAUAUACCAUCCAAUCAGAUGCCUCAAUAAAGGCAUGUGGUCCGUGGCCUUCCAACAAGCUCCCUCUUGAUUGUUUAGAGCGGCUCCCACAGAAACAAUAACUAAAAAACUGUAUAGUGCGGGACUCUAUUGUCCCCUGGAUUUUAAAAGCAAUUCAAACAUUAUUUGUUGUUGUUUUUUAAAUAGGAAUUAUGACGCCACUGAUUUCAUGAAGUGAAAAUCUAUUCAAUACAAGCAUUUUACGACAACAAUUUAUGAAUCCACUGUGUUCUGAUGAUGAAAGUGUUGAUGGUUUAUUUAGAGAACAAAGGAAAACACAUUUUUCCACAAAAAAAUGGUUCAAACACAAU